AUGGGUCGUCUCAACGUCCUGAUGAGCAGCCUGAUAUUCUUAGUCACUCUUUUCGCAUGUCUUGCAACAACUGUCUCGGGUCAUCAGCACUCGCAUCACAACCAUGCUCACCUGCAUGCUCGCGCCGACAACAAGAACUCCAGUGCCGCGAACAUUGUAGAGGAAGCACUCGCUGCUCUUAAGCUUCUCAACAAAGCCAGAGUCGAGAAUCCACACUUUAACAAGUAUGAGUUUCAUUCUGGCUCCAAGACACCGAGUCUUGCCCCGGCUUUGGAUGCGCCUGCCGUGAUUAGCAAUGAUACUACGUUGAGAAGACGUCAAAGCCAGAACAACAGCAGUGCCGAGAUCUCCGCUCCCAAUUUCUCUAUCUCUCCUGAGCUAGCCGAGGCCGCCAAAGCUCUGGCAGAGUCUACGCCUCAAGUUCCUAAGGGAAACCACAGCGAGGUGGCUAAAGCCAUAAGAGAGAAGUAUGCACACAAGACAAAUGACACCAAUACUUCAGAGUCGCUCAAAACUCCCGAGGGGCGGCUUUCGGUAUACGGAGAUGACAAACUGAGCAAGCGUGCCGAGGAGUGGUGGAUGGUCAGCAUGGGCUCAUCCGGAACCAGUCCCUUCGCUCCUAGCGGUUACAAAGUUUGGAGAAACGUGAAAGAUUAUGGCGCAAAAGGCGAUGGUGUGACAGAUGAUACAGAUGCUAUCAACAAAGCCGUGAGCGACGGCGUUAGAUGCGGUCCUGACUGUGGCUCGAGCACGAUUUAUCCUGCUGUCGUUUACUUCCCGCCAGGGACGUAUCUGGUCAGCAGUCCGAUCGUUCAAUACUUUAACACAGAAUUCCUCGGCAAUCCUCUCGAUGUACCAACACUGUUGGCUGCGUCAAGCUUCGUGGGCCAAGGUGUCAUCAAGAGUGAUGUCUAUAUCAGUGAUGACGAGGAAUGGUACCUGAAUACUGCAAAUUUCCUUCGAAGUAUCAAGAACUUCAAGAUUGACAUCAGACCCGCAUCUUCAUGGACUUACAUGUGUGGGAUCCACUGGCAAGUCGCACAAGCAACAUCUCUGGAAAACAUCGAGUUCUACAUGCAAUUUGAGUCGGAUGUUCCUGGCAACAAUCAACAGGGCGUUUACAUGGAGAAUGGAUCGGGUGGCUUCCUAGCUGAUCUCACCUUUGUUGGAGGUGCAUUUGGAGCAUACUUCGGAAACCAGCAGUUCACGACUUCACACCUAGUGUUCGUUAAUUCCGUUGUUGGUGUCCAGGUCCACUGGGACUGGGCCUGGACUAUGCAGGACUUCAUCUUUGAAAGUUGCGGGACCGCGCUUCUCGUCGUCGGCGGUGCUGGAGGUCCAAAGUCGACUGGACAAGGAGUGGGAUCACUCAUAUUGGUGGACUCCAUCAUCGCAAACACCCCUAAGGGCAUCGUCACAACGCUCUAUGCCGAGAAUUCUACCUCAUUUCUGCUGCAAAAUGUCGGGUUCUUCAACACCAUAACGGCAAUCACUGACAACGAGACUGGAAACAUCCUCCUGAACGGCGGUAAUUCUGUUGUUGUCGAUAGCUGGGGUUUCGGUCGUAUUACGAACGCUACCACGGGUGCUGGGCAAACAUCCUUUGUCAAUGGCGAACACAUCGCUGUCAUGGAGCGAAACGAGGGCUUGUUGGGUGACGCCUAUGACAACCUGAAACCGAAUCUUUUCACGAGAAGACGACCCAAGUACCAAGACGUUCUUUCUAGCAAGGUCAUGAACGUCAAGACACUUGGUGCCAAAGGCGAUGGCAAGACGGACGACACGAGCGCGCUGAAUUCAAUCCUUCAGGGUGCCGCGAAUACCUCUUCCGUUGUAUUCUUCCCCUACGGUGUUUACCUUGUGACGGACACUCUUCGCGUACCCGUCGGCUCCCGUAUCAUCGGACAGGUUUGGCCCCAGAUCAUGGGCACAGGAGACAAGUUCUCCGACGAGACCCAGCCAAGAGCCGUGGUUGAGGUUGGUAAAGCUGGAGAUGUUGGAAUUGUAGAAAUCACAAGUAUGAUGGUUACCGUCAAGGGGCCCACCGCAGGCGCCGUUACCAUCGAAUGGAACGUUGCUGAAUCGAGCACCGGAUCUGCUGGCAUGUGGGAUACACACGUUCGUAUUGGCGGUGCAGCGGGGAGUGAUCUAUCCACCGCAAAUUGCCCCAAAGACUCUGGAAUCGUCAACUCAAGGUGCAAGGCUGCUUCUCUUCUGAUGCACUUGAAGCCCAAAUCAACUGCAUAUCUCGAGAACGUUUGGCUCUGGACUGCAGAUCAUGACCUUGACAAGAUCACUCUCGAUCAAAUCGACAUUUAUGCCGGCCGUGGUCUCCUCGUCGAAAGCGCAAAGGCUUGGCUCUGGGGAACCUCAGUAGAGCAUAAUGUCUUGUACCAGUAUCAGUUCUCCAACGCGAAGAACGUGAUCAUGGGAAUGAUCCAGACGGAGUCUCCUUACUUUCAACCCGUUCCUAAAGCACCCACACCGUUCGCGACUGGCCUGUUUCCCAACGACCCGACAUUCAGUGGCUGUGUGGCUUCCUCCUCCGCAACAUGUGCCGUCUCUUGGGCAGUCCGAAUCAUCGACUCUUCUUCCAUCUACAUGCUCGGUGCCGGACUCUACAGCUGGUUCAUCGAUUAUAGUCAGGACUGUUUAGACACAGAGAACUGUCAGGAGCGCGCUAUGGAAGUGCAGCAAAGCAAGGACAUCUGGAUCUACAACCUCUGCACCAAAGCUAUCGUUGAGAUGGUGUCGCCUUUGGGUAGUGUUCCAACAUAUGCCAAAGACAACGUGAAUGGAUUCCUGGCCUCCGUCUUAGCAUGGCUUCAGGGUUCCACUGACGUAGCAGGCGAGCGCGAGUUUGAAGGUUAUCGUGUAUGGACGAGCGGAAUGCUGGAACAGCUCUACGGCCUCGUCUUGCCAGAGACCUGCAGCAGUGCUUUGACCGAGAUCAUUGCAUGUGAUAAUCGCACUGAAGAUUAUCAAGGACCUGGUAUUCGCAGCUGGCUUGGGAAUGUCAACGAUACCGACAGCGUGUGCGCUGAGUCUUGCGGAAAGAGCCUGAAGACUUGGUUUGACAGUGUUUCCAUCGCUUGCGCGGGAUACGAAGUCAACGAUGCGCUGCCAACUCUUCUCGGAGGCCGCAUUUGGGAUGGGUGGAACCAGACUUGUUUGAAGGAUACCGACAGUGGCAAGUAUUGCGGUGAGAUCAUAGACGGCUUCACCACGGUCUCUACCAUUGAAGAGAUGCCCAAGAACGAGCUUUGCUCAUUCUGCUGGGUGGAGCACUAUGCCAUCCCUCAACGUUCACGGUACUCCAAGUACGACUCCUUUAUCCAGUCUCAAUAUGAGUAUACGGUCACCGAGUGCGGUACAGCCGGUGUCAACACGACUAUACCCGAGACACCACUCAUCAUCGAAGAUCCGGCAACUUACUGUCAGACUGACAAAUGGUACACUACGGCUGAAGGGGACACAUGCGACACAAUAGCCCAGUCGAACAGCGUUUCUUCAGCAACACUUUACUUCGAGAACCCAGACACGAUCUUCGAUUGCUUCAAUAUCGAGGCCGGCUCCAAGCUGUGCAUCCCGCCGCCCUGCACUCUCACAUGGGUCAUCCAGCCCGACGAUACCUGCGCCUCAAUCGAGUACAACCUGACCAUGACAGCCGUUACGCCGGUACUCGGCAACACCCAGAAGUACAAUCGGUGGGUGGACAAGAACUGCGAAAAUUUACACAUUGCCAGCGCUGCCACCUUUGGCCACGUUCUUUGCAUGUCACCGCCGGACGGCGCCUACGCUGGCAAUGACACCGUCAAUGGAGACACUACCACGCCUACCAACGCGCCGGGUUACAGUGAAGAGAUCAUCGAUCCGCCUGCGGGAGCAACGGUCGCGGAUGGUACGACUGUGUAUUGUGGGUCAUGGCAUGUCGCGGCCGUCAACGAUACCUGCAGCACCAUAGCCUUCAGCAGUGGCACGACGAUUACUCUUUUCUUGGAGGUCAACCCUUCUCUUGGAACUGAGGUUGCGGGUUGCACCGAGAAGUUGGUACAAGGAAAUGCGUACUGUGGACUGCCUUUCGUUGUUUGGGAUGAACUGGAUGGCUCUUGGUGA